CUUGUGGUGGCCCUGCAGCUUCAGCUUGACAUGCUGCCGCUGUUGCUGCUGCUGCUCUGGGGGAUGAAGGAGGUAGAGGGUGGGGCUGAUGCCAUAGAGGGUUACAGCCUGGAUGUGGAAAAGACCGUGGUGGUGCAAGAGGGCCUGUGUAUCCAUGUACCCUGUAAGUUCACCUACCGCAAGGAGAAAUGGACUGACUCAGACCCAGUUCAUGGAUACUGGUUCCGGGAUGGAGCCGAUACAAGGCAGGAUCCCCCAGUGGCCACAAAUAACCCAAAGCGGCCAGCACUGCAUUCGACCCGGGACCGAUUCUUCCUGCUCGGAGAACCACUGAAGAAUAGCUGUUCCCUGGAAAUCAGAGAGACCAGGAAGGACGACGCCGGGUCAUACUUCUUUCGCCUGGAGAGAAGAAAAGUGAUGUUUAAUUAUAAGCUGAACAUGAUGACUCUGCAAGUGAAAGACCUCACUAACACCCCCCACAUCCUUGUCUGGGAGACCCUGGAGGCUGGCCGUCCCAGCAAUCUGACCUGCUCUGCACCUUGGGCCUGUGGGUCUCCCUCCUUCUCCUGGACUGGCACCUCUGUGUCACUCUUGAGCACCAACACCACUGGUUCCUCAGUGCUGACUGUCACCCCCCAGCCCCAGGACCAUGGCACCAACCUCACUUGUCAGGUGACCCUGCCUGGAGCUGGUGUGACCACAAGAACGACCAUCCGUCUCAACGUGUCAUAUGCUCCAAAGAAUCUGACUGUGACCAUCUCUCAAGGAGCUGACUCAGAAUUCAUAACCCCAGAGAACGGCUCAUCUCUUCCUGUCUCUGAGGGCCAGUCUCUACGCCUCCUCUGUAGCACCGACAGCUAUCCUCCUGCAAACCUGAGCUGGACCUUUGAUAACCUGAGUCUGUGCCCCUCGAAACUGUCCAAACCUGGGCUCCUGGAGCUGUUUUCCGUACAUCUUAAGCAUGAAGGAGUGUACACCUGCCAAGCUCAGCACACCCUGGGCUCCCAGCACUUUUCCCUGAGCCUGUAUCUACAGCGCGGUACAACUUUAUCUGAAGUGACAAUGGGGGCCUUUGUGGGUGCCGGAGCCACAGUCCUCCUCUUCCUGCUUUGCGGCAUCUUCCUCCUGGCGGUGAGAUCCUGCAGGAGGAGACCAGCCAGAUCAGCUGUGGGACCUUCCGAUCCAAACGCCCUCAAGGGCUCGGUUUCUCAGAGUCCCCUGGUCGAACCCCAGGCUGACAACAGCUCUGAACCCCUGCCUUCCACAGCUGAGACAGCAUCCUCGGCCGCAGAGGAAGACAUACAUUAUGCAUCCCUCAGCUUUCGUGAGAUGAAGCCCAAGAGUCCACAGGGGCAGCAGGACACCACCACUGAGUACUCAGAGAUAAAGUUCCACAAGUGACCUGCAUGGCUGUGGCCAUGGCUGGAGGAACGUGGCUACGCCGGAUAGAGAGUGAAAGAGACUCGGAUCCUGGCUGGCUCUGGAGAAGGACAGAGUCCACUAGGUCUGUGUGCACAGGACUUCAGAGCCAUUCCUCCAUCGCACAGGAGUUCUACUGCCCAUUCCCAAGGCUCUGACAACCACUGGUGCCCAGGAAACCAAAGCUUGACUUUAUUUUCAUUGUUUGUGUGUGCAUGUUUUGCCUGCUUGUAUGUCUGUGCACCACUUACAUGCCUUGUGCCUGCAGAGGUCAUCAGAUCUCCUGGAAUUGGAGUUACAGAGGGUUGUGAGCUGCCACAGGGGUGCUAGGAAUUGAACCCAAGUCCUCUGCAAGAGUAGCCAGUGCUCUUAACCACUGAGCCAUCUCUCCAGUCCCUAGGUUAGUUUUCUAGAUUUAAUUUUUGUUUAAAAAUUAGCACAUAUCGUUUACACCAUGAGAAGUUUUGUUAUAUUUUCUUCCAAGUGUAUCAUGAACUUUGACCUUACUCAUCCCUGUUACCUUCUUCUGUCUGUAUUCUGUUAGCUACUCAUCCCCUUUCUCUACCCAAACACUCCCCUUUCUAGUUUCAUGCUGUAUGUAUUAGUUAUUUUUCUUAUAUUGUUGACAAACACAGAAACAUGAAGGGUGGAGAGGUUUAUUCUGGCCCAUGGUUUCAGACUUUCAUGGUGAGCAGGGCAAUGUGAUGCUAAAGACAGUGGGUAUAUGUGGUGGAGACUCCACACAUCUUGGUGGAUCAGGAAACAGUGGGUUCAGGCCAGAACCAGAAGUAGAUAUUCAUCUUCUGGGCCCAGCCCCAGAUACCUACUUCUACAAGUUGGGCCACAUGUCUGAAAGGCUCUGUGGCUUUAGAAAAUAUUGGCAUCAGCUGAGUACCAAGUAUCCAAAUAUAUAAGCCUGUAUGGAGCAUGUACAUUCAAACCAAAACUAGAUGGGUGGAUGACAGAGAUAGAUAGAUAGAUAGAUAGAUAGAUAGAUAGAUAGAUAGAUAGAUAGAUAGAUGAUAGAUAGAUAGAUGAUAGAUAGAUAGAUGAUAGACAGAUAGAAAGAUGAUAGAUAGAUAGAUAGUAGAUAGAUAGAUAGAUAGAUAGAUAGAUAGAUAGAUAGACAGAAAGAUGAUAGAUAGAUAGAUAGAUAGAUAGAUAGAUGAUAGAUAGAUAGAUAGAUAGAUAGAUAGAAGAUAGAUAGAUGAUAGAUAGAUUUGAUAGAAAAGUAGAUGGUAGGUAGAUGAUAGAAAGAUGAUAUAUAAAAGAUAUAUGGUAGACAUAAAAUAGAUAAAUAGAUGAUAGAAAGGUAGAUGUAAAUAGAUGAUAGAAGAUAGAUAAUAUAUAAAAAUGGUAAACAUAGAUAAAUAGAUGAUAGAUAUAAUAGAAAGAUAGAGGGAAGAUAGAUAUAAAAGAUAAUUGGUAUAUGUAAGAUAAAUAGAUGAUUGAUAGACAGAGAGAUGAGAGAUAGAUGAGAGAUAGAUGAGAGAUAGAUGAGAGAUAGAUUAUAGACUGACCAUUUGACAGAGACACCGUUCAACUCUGCUUUGCUAUUUUGAAUACACUGAUGAAAACAGCUCAGAGAAAGUGGCAGACAGAGUACUGUGGAUGCUGAGGAGCUGCCCAAAGUGUCCUUUUCCAGACUUUUUAAAAAAACAGUGAAUGUCUUCUGUGAAGGAAAAGCACUUUAGAAUAAAGAGUAUAAAGAAAAAAACUAACAUAAGAGGAAAAACUGGUAAUACUUAACAUAUUUUGCAUUUUUUCACGUUCAUGUGAACAUACAACUGGACUAAACCUGUAAUUGUGCUGUACAUAUUAUACCUAUCACUGCUAUUAAUCUAUACUUUUGUGGGGUUUUGAGACAGUGUGAUGGUUUGAAUGAAAAUGACUCCUAUAGACUCAUAGGGAGUGUUAUAGCAGAGGUAUGGCCAUGUUGGAGUAGGUGUGGCCUUGUUGGAGGAAGUACAUCACAGAGGGUAGGGUUUGAGGUUUCAGAAGAUCAAGUCAGGCUCAGUGUCACUCUCUCUUCCUGCUGCCUGUUGAUCUGGAUGUAGAACUCUCAGCUCCUUCUCCAGCACCAUGCUUCCUGCCAUGAUGAUAAUGGACUAAACCUCUGAACUGUAAU